AUGUGGCGCCUCAUCCGACCUUCAACACGCAGAGCUACAGAAAUCAGUUUAGCUGCUGCCAAUGAAAGAAACCAAGUAAAAACAACUCGAAUCAAGAAUCAAGAAGUGUAUGUAGAUACACACGAAAUAAAGAAUUUGAUUAUGCCGAAAGUUGUCAUAGAAGAUCUCGGUGAUAGCAUAAGAUCCGCAUAUAAGAAAAGGUAUUUAGAUAUUAGCGAGAGUGAACAAAAUAAAAAAAGAAAAAUAGAACAAGAGUUAUCAGUAUUUACAGGCGAAUUAGGAGAAAAUGACACUACAUCAGAAUGUCUCGCAACCUUAAUUCCGACAGAGAUAUUCAUUCAUAUAUGUAAAUAUCUACCACCGGCCGAUCUUUUAAGACUUUCGAGAACUUGUAAAACAUAUCGUGAUAAGUUAUUUUCCAAAGAAUCAAUCACUACUCAGCAGAUCUGGUCAACAUCGAGACAAGAAUUCCUUGGUUUUCUUUCUUUACCACCGCCCGACGGAAUGGACGAGAUUUCUUACGUGUGCCUGGUUCUAGAACGAGGAUGCCAACUGUGUGGCGCGAAAACAAUGCGAAAUGUGUACUGGGCAUUUCGUGUUCGACUAUGUAACUCGUGCUUUGACAAAAAGACCAUCAGUAAUCAUCGAUUGGCCAAGGAUGAAAGAUUUAAUGGUGAUUUAGGUCGAAAAAUUCUUUCUGGCCUGCCGUACGUUGAAGCAACUUUUUCGAGUCCUUUUCCGGGUAAUAAAUGUAUGAAAUUUAAGUGUAAAUAUUACUGGCUUGAAGAUGUGGAACGAAACCGACAAGAAUUUAUGUCAAUUCCUCUUUUGGCACAAGUACUUUGGGUCAAUGAGAAAAAUAAAGAAGGCGCAAGAUUUAUGAAAGAAGUACGGACUCGUGAACAGGCUUUCAAAAAGGAACUAUCACGCGAGUUGACGGAAAAGAAGAAAUUCUCUAUCUUUGGAAGACAUUCAGGGGAAAUAGUAGCAACAUCAUCAGCCACAGAACCAUCAUCACCCUCACAUUUUGAUGAAGGCCACCGACGUCGUCGGUCAAGUGAAUCCGCUUCUCAAUCAUUUACUUCACGAGAAGGAACUAGUGAGAAUCGUAAACAUAAAAAGCAGACAUCAAAAGGGAAGGGCAAAAGGAAGAGUUUUGCAGUGAAUGCAGUGCAGCCUGAUAUCUCCACUGUUGACGAAGGAUGGGAACAAGCCGACGAAAGAUAUUUUAAUGCACAUCCAGCAGCUCAAUCUCGGAAAUUAAAAAGAUCAGGGAACACAAUGUAUCGAAAGCCACGAGGACAUCGCACACUACGACACGUAGAAUUAGCACCAACUUCCAAUCCCGCUUAUUCAAAUGAUCCUACAGAUUUGGAAGAUGAUAAUGCUCCCUUGCCUUCUUAUGAUCAUCGAUUUCCUUGGGUCCCUAAGCCCCUUCAUCCCCCACAACUCAUUCAUGCCACACUAGUUCCUCUUCCACAUAAUCGUACAAAUCACCAAUUAAUUUCGGAUCCGAGUCGUUCUUCAAUAGUUGCAGUACCUCAAAUUUCAAGACGAAAUUCAAAGAUCGGACCUACAACAACGCCUUCCUCAAACCGUGCGUCCCGAUUAAUCAAUCCAAAACGGUUAUCACGAGUAGGAUCGCAGCGAAAACGAACCUCAAUAAUAGUAACUGGUGGAAAGCGGAGUUCGGUACUUUUACGACGUCAACUAUUAGAAGAUAGUAUUAUGAUGUCGUUGUUGGGUGGUGCUUAUACUGUCACACCGAGGAAUAAUCGUGCUUCUGUACUGUUGGGUCAACAACAAAAGACUGUGAUUCGUCGAAAAACUAAAAAAGGCA